AUGAGAGUAGCUUUCAGGCCACGAUUCAAGGUUCUGAAUCUGCCUGCAGUGGGACUGAUGAGGAACGAGACGGCAGUGGACCCCGCCAUGUGGGUCGAGCCGAUCUGGUUCUUCCCGUGGGAGACGCAUUUCAGCUACGAGUGGUCGGUGGAAUGGUCGAAGAAGGCCUGGCCGUACGUGCAGGUGUUGGCCGUCGUCUACGUCCUGCUCACCUUCCUGGGGAGGAGGGCGAUGAAGAACAGGCAGGGAUUCAACCUCCGGUAUCCGUUGAUCGCGUGGAAUGGGUUCCUGGCGGUGUUCUCCAUCCUUGGCACGAUCAAAGGCUUUCAGGAACUUUCUCUAGCGCUGCGUCUCAAAGGCUUUUAUUACUCGGUCUGCGAUAACUCUCAGUACUGGAACGAGGCGCUGUCCGUCUACGGGUGGCUCUUCCUCGUGUCCAAGAUCUUCGAACUGGGCGACACGGCCUUCCUCGUCCUUCGCAAGUCCCACCUCGUCCAUCUGCACUGGUAUCAUCACACCACCGUCCUCCUGUACGUGUUCUACUCGUACCGGGACGGGACGUCGACGGCGAGGUGGUUCGCCGACAUGAACUACCUGGUUCAUGCCUUCAUGUACUCGUACUUCACGUUCAUCGCGAUCGGGUACAGGGGACUUCGCCGGGUGGCGUUCGGCAUCACCGUCCUCCAGAUCCUCCAGAUGUUCAUGGGGAUCUUCGUGAAUCUCUACGCCGUGUACGUGAAGGUCGCGGGAUACAAUUGCGACGUGCCGAACCGGAAUCUCUUCUGGGCCAACAUCAUGUAUGCAUCCUAUUUCUUCCUCUUCGUCCAGUUCUUCGUCUCCUCCUACAUCAAGAAGACUCACAAGAGGGACAGGGGGGCGAAGAUGGUCUCCGCCAAUGGCUUUCACGAUGCGAAAGCGACACCAAAGACGAGCAACGACUCCACGGGCAGCAAAUUGAAGGCUGAUCACACCGAUUAGCUUCUUGGCCCUUCAUUACGUUCAUUGACCUGACUUUUCUGCGUCCAGGUGUUGCAUCGAAUUCCAGAAAGUUUCUCGUUUCUUCUCCUCUCACGAAAAUAAACUAGUAAAGGACAGUGAGGUAAAAAGAAAUUGGACUCCAGUGCACAAAAGGGCG